AUGUCCUGCAUCAAAUUUGACUCAAGCUACGCCCGAGGCCUGGUCGCAUCCCCACCAUCAUCAGAAACGGAAAGAAUCCAAUGGAUCAUCGACAUUCUGAAGCUUCAAUCACACAUCGAGGGGGGCUACUUCUGCGAAACGCACCGCGAUCAACGCGUUGUUCCCAACCCGUUCAAAGACCUCCCACUCCUCAGUAACGCCACGGAUAAAGUCGAUACCACUGAAACCCGCAUGGCUAGCACUAGCAUCCACUACUUAGUGACGCCGAAGUCCCCUAUCGGCCAUUUCCACCGCAACCGUGGCCUCACGGUGCAUAACCUGCACAAGGGCCGCGGCAUCUACGUUAUCUUACACGUCGAUCGCCCACGGGAUGCAAAAGGCCGUGUCCACGUCGACACUUUCAUGGUCGGGCAGGAUAUUUUCAAUGGUGAGGAUCUGCAAUGGGUCAUCACCGGGGGUAAGUUCAAGGCGACGUUCCUCAUCCCGGAUGAGGAUGAUGGGCCAGAGAGUGUGGAUGGAUUACUGAUUAGUGAGACGGUGAUCCCCGGGUUUGAGUAUGCGGACCAUGACUUUUUGAGGGCCGAGGAAUUUGUAGAUUAUCUGGACCAAGAGCAGCAGGAGGAAUUGAAGUGGUUGUUGAAACCGGAGGAGCAGGCGAGGCUGGAGGAUGCUAGGAGAGCUCAAGCCGCAGGGAAAUGA